AUGACGGAAAACAAUAAUGAAGAAGGCAGACGCCAACAACGACUGCAACGACAGAAUAAUUCACUGGCGAGCCCUCCUCCAUACUCCGAAGGAGAGACAAGUGUAUUACCAGCACUAUCCUGCGCGGAUUAUGGUCCUUCUGGAGACAGCUUUAAUAGGCAUUUUGAAGAGCUGGGUACGGACGAUGAGGACAUAGAAAUGGAUCGAAUGCAUGUGGGGCAACCUACCCAUCCUGAAAAUCGAAACAUUCUUUUUGGAAUUAAUUCUACAUCGGCAAAAGAAUUAACGCAUCAGCAUAGCUCACUAAAAGAGAUUGGUCUUAAAAGGUUGAAUCCAAGGCAACAUUUUACCGUUGCAAUUUCCAGAGAUAUUUCAUUGGUGCUCAUCUUGAAAAACUUACUGAUAUUCUGGACAAAAUGGUACAAGAUGAUUAUAUCACCUUCUAAGAAUUCAAGUUGGACAGCUGUCUGGGCAACCGAGUUUUUUCUUGCAGGUAUAUGGUGUUUAGUUUCUGCCCUACUUUCAUACUGUAUUUUGGAUGGAUUAAUGGCUCGAUGGAUGGUUAUGUACACGUUGCAAGGUGCGGUAAUACGCAUAUUGAGUAUAUCUUUGUUGAUUAUUUCGCUGAUUGAGCUUUUAAACUACAUGUUCAACAAUCCUAAAAAUGAGUUUUGUCUAGCCGCAUGGAUUAUUAUUAGCUGUGUCCUUACUUUUAUCUUCAUAGUGCAAAAUUAUGUGACUUCGAACCUGAGGUUAAAUGAAAUCCUCCUUAGGAAUGCCAAAUCAGAAGGGAAUAAUCAGUAUUCUACAGAAAUCGCUUCAAUUGGAUCUUCUGCCGAAGGGGUCGGAGAGCCUCCCGAUGUGUUUACAGAUUCUGGUUCAUUACAUCGAAGAAUAGAUCACACGUUACAACGAGAAUCAACAGGUUCGUGUGCAGAAUCGAAUAAAAGAAAAUUUGAGAAACCCCAUAGGACGGUCGAUAUUUAUAACCUUACCGUUUUUGCUGUUGUUCCGAUAGGAGUUGCGAGCUUUAUCACCAUGUGUGGUCUAGUUCGUUUGGUGGUAAUACUUAGACUUGAUAUAGGCCUCAAAAUAAGUAAAAUCCUUCCUGAGGACACCAUCGAUGCAGCCUCUCAGUUACUUUAA